UUAAAGUUGCCAUCGUCCAAAUUAUGUUCGAUCAAUGUUCCAAAGUAAAACAGGACCUGAGUUCUCAGCAACUUUACCUUUCUUUCAUCGUCCUCAUCUCUCUUCCUUACCGCUGCCGGACGGAGAUUGGCAGCAUGGAGACGACGAUAGCUAUGAAGCUUGUGGACUUCUCCUUUCAAUCCAUCGUGGGAAAACUAAGGAAGAUGCUAGAGGAAGAAGCCGCGUUGCUGGCCGGAGUCGAAGAUGAUGUCCGAUACAUAGUUGCCGAGCACAAAAGCAUCAUCUCUUUCUUGACGGCCAUAUCAACCAGGCACAAUCUGGAUGCUGAACUGAAGAACUGGGCGCAGGAACUGAGUGAGGUGGCCUACGAUGCCGAAGACUCGAUCGAUGAGUUCGACUGCCAUCUCCGAUCGACACAAAGUUUUUUCAAGCACUUCCUUCGCAGCAUAAAAUUAUUGAAAGAUCGCCGUAACAUCGCUUCAGAGAUCAAGAAAUUGAAGGUUCAAGUAGAAGAUAUUAAAAAAAGACACGAUCGCUAUUUCCACCUAAAUGAAGCUACAAGCUCUGGCACCGUCACUGGCUUGGACAUGACUGACAGAUACUCCGAUCCACGGAUCAUCGGCCAUUUUGUAGAGGAAGCUCAACUCGUGGGCAUCAACCAGAGUAGAGAUAAGAUCCUCGGGUGGGUGAUGGACGAGAACUGUCCCGAGCUUACAGCGAUUUCUCUCGUCGGCUUCGGUGGUUUAGGAAAGACAACUUUGGCUAAGACGGUCUAUGACGAUCCUGUUAUCGUCGGAGGCUACUUCCAAUCUCGAGCUUGGAUCGCAGUGUCACAAAAUUACGACAUCAAAGAGCUUCUCAAAAAGAUUAUUCGACAAAUUUCCGUCAACGAGGAACAAAUCCGAGAUGUUUCUGGGUGCCGAGAUGCCCGUUUGAACACUGAGCAACUUCUGAACAUGAUGGACGAGUCGCAACUGGUGCAGACUAUCAGAGACCAUCUCCAUGGAAAGAGGUAUUUGAUCGCUUUUGACGACGUUUGGAGCACUGUAGCAUGGGAAAGCUUGAGUAUUGCACUACCACAAGGUGAAGAAGGAAGUAGAGUGAUAGUAACCAGCCGCAGUGAGGAAGUGGCAAACUAUAGUUGUUCUCGUAAUCGUCAAUUCAUAUUUAAAGUCUCUCCUUUAUCACCUGAGCUAUCGUGGGAAUUAUUCCGUAGAAAAGUAUUUGAAGCGCCUGACUAUAGUUGUCCUCCGGAGCUAGAAAAUGUUGGCAGGGAAAUCUUACAAAAGUGCAAUGGACUGCCACUUGCUAUUGUGACAAUCGGAGGUCUUCUGGCUUCGAAGCCUGAUAAAAAACUUGAGGAAUGGAAAGACUUGCGCGACCACCUUCGUUUGGAGAUACAGACUAAUGAUAUGCUGUCAAAGAUCAAUCAGAUACUAGGUUUGAGUUACAAUGAAUUGCCUUACUAUCUCAAGCCUUGCUUCUUGUUCUUAGGCACCUUCCCUGAGGAUUAUGAGAUUCGACGGAAGCGUCUGAUGAGAAGGUGGAUAGCAGAAGGGAUUGUGCAUGGCGUAGAUGGCUUACCCGAUGAGAAAAUGGCCGAGCGCUGCUUCAACCAAUUGGUGAAUCGUAGCUUGGUGCAGCCGGCAGAAUUUGAUGAUAAUGGAAUAGUGAGAUCCUGCCGCGUCCAUGACAUGAUGCUCGAUGUCAUAAUCUCGAUUUCAAGAAAGGAGAACUUUGCGGUGGUACUGAAUAAGCACUCCAUGCUGACGACCAUUCAGCCGCGACAUCAGAGGAUAAGACGCUUAUCCUGGCAGGGAGGAAGCAGUACUGGACUAGUGCCUAACACAGCUGAUCUGUGCCACCUCCGAUCCUUCACUGCAACUGCAUUUGGUGAGGAUGUACCACCACUGAAGGAUUAUAGAAAACAUAGGCUGUUGAGGGCAAUUGACCUGGAAGGAUGUUGGGCAAUUGAUCAUUUCCACCGCAAGAGCUUUUCCAAGUUGUUUCUUUUGAAGUACUUGUCUCUAAGAAAUACUGAAUUAUUUGAAUUGCCAGAUUCAAUAGGAGAUUUGCAGAAUCUAGAGUUUUUGGAUAUAAGAGGAACUUAUAUUCAAAAACUACCUAAUACCAUCGUCAAACUCCAAAAACUGGUCUAUCUGCUUGGUAGCUCCGACAGAGAAUUUAAUUUCCCGAAAGGAAUAAGAAAGUUGAAAAGACUUACCACGUUUGGAAUGGCACGUGCUGAUAAUGUGCAUUCGCUACACGAGAUUGGUCAGCUUGUCCACCUCCACAAGCUUGGCAUCUAUUUUGGUGGCUCUGAUCUAUCACUCAGAAUGGUGGAGGAGAUCAGCGCCCUGCUCUCGAAGCUCAAUGGCAGCCUUCGAUCUCUAAAUAUUUUCCGUACGCCAAACAUCAAUCUGAAAAAGGCACUAGAUGAGGUAGCUUCGCCGCCAUUGCUGCUCUGCAAGUUCCAGAUAGAUGGCAGACUUUACGAGUUGCCUCCUUGGGUUGCAUCUCUGAAGCAUAUUGUCAAGAUAUCUCUGUACUUAACACGACUGCAGCUCGAGGGUCUACAAGUCUUGAGAAAUCUCCCCGCUUUGGUCUACUUGAAAUUAGGAUACGAGUCAUUCGUCAUUAAUGAUGAGGAUUUGGUCUUCUAUCGGGGAGGGUUCGCACAACUUAAGUUCCUGGAAAUUGAAAGGCACAAUGUGAGUUUCGAAGAAGGUGCAGUCCGAAGCCUCGAAGUUCUUAAAAUCCGUCCUUUUGGCACUAGAUUUAGCGUCAAAGGCAUAGAAAAUCUGCAUGGGCUAAGUGAGGUUCACAUUCGUACUAAUAAUGAAGAUAUAAUAGAGAUGGUUAAAAAUAUUGCAGCAAACCAUUCAAAUCGUCCCAAAUGUUUUGCAAAACUACACGAGUAUGAAUAUCACUUAUGAUUUAACACAGAGGAAUCAAGCAGAGCUUUCUGUCAAUGCAAAGAUGAAAUUAUUAAAAGAUCUGGUGUGGUGUGUACUAGUUCUCCUAGCCAACUUAUCCAUUGUUAAUAUCUUCCUUAAUUCUCAAACUUGUUUUGCUAUUCAAAUUAUCCUUUGUCAAUCUCUUCCAUCAUGCGUUGCUUGUUAGCCUUUGUAUUUCUGAAGCACUAUGUAAUGUAAUCUUCAAACAUUGUUCUCUUAAAGUUGUUAUUCAAAAUAAGAGUGAUUAUAUAAAA